GGCGGCACUUCCGGGAACGCGGCGGGAGCGGCGUGAGGGACCGGGAGGGACCGGGAGGAACCGGGGGGGUCCCGGAGGGUCCCGGAGGGGUCGAGCCGCCCCCAGCCCGUCCCGCAGCGGCUCGGGGCCGCUCCGAGGCGGCUCCCGGGGCCAAUCCCGGUUUGGUUCCCAUUCCCGAGGCCGUUCCCGGUUCUCGGCUCCGGUGCGGCCGCCAUGGGCCGCCGCAAGUCGAAGCGGAAGCCGCCCCCCAAGAAGAAGAUGACGGGGACGCUGGAGACUCAGUUCACGUGUCCCUUCUGCAACCACGAGAAGUCGUGCGACGUCAAGAUGGACCGUGCCCGGAACACCGGGGUGAUCUCGUGCACCGUGUGCCUGGAGGAGUUCCAGACCCCCAUCACCUACCUGUCGGAGCCCGUGGACGUUUACAGCGAUUGGAUCGACGCCUGCGAGGCUGCAAACCAGUGACACCCCCGGGGACAGGGGACACCCCCGGGGACAGGGGACAGUGUCACCUCCCGGGAUUGGUGACACCCCCUGGGAUUGGUGACACCCCCGGGGACAGGGGACACCCCCAGUGACACCCCCGGGGAUUGGUGACACCCCCAGGGACAGGGGACAGUGUCACCCCCUGGGAUUGGUGACACCCCUGGUGACACCCCCUGGACACGGUGACACCCCCUGGGGACCGGUGACACCCCCAGUGACACCUCCCGGGAUCGGUGACACGCCCGGUGACACCCCCUGGGACCCAGUGACACCCCUGGUGACACCCCCAGGACCCGGUGACACCCCCCGGGAUUGGUGACACCCCUGGUGACACCCCCGGGAUUGGUGACACCCCCAGGACUGGUGACACCCCCAGGGAUCGGUGACACCCCUGGUGACACCCCCAGGACCCGGUGACACCCCCUGGGACCCGGUGACACCCCCGGUGACACCCCCAGGACUGGUGACACCCCUGGUGACACCCCCAGGACCCGGUGACACCCCCCGGGACCGGUGACACCCACGGUGACACCCCCAGGACCCGGUGACACCCCCGGUGACACCCCUGGACCCGGUGACACCCCAGGACCGGUGUGGGGGUGACAUCUGCUCGUCCCCAGGGGGAUUUGGGGACAUUGGGACAGCGGUGACGCGUUUUGGGGACAGCUGGGCUGGAAUAAACACCCUGAGGUGUCA